GCUGAGCUUAGAGUAACAAUUGAGAUAAGGUUAUGCAACAGCCAGAGAGAAGUAUGAACUUAGUUUGCUUCUUUGGGAUAAAUUAAACCAGGAGAAGAGACAAGUGACAGAAAUACAGCCAAGACAACGGCAGCGAUUACAAUGUCUGCUGAACCAGACAAGAUGGAUUUGCCUUCUCGACCAGAGCUGUUUGAUUUCCAUGGAGUCUCAAUGACCCAGUAUUUCACAGACCACUGGGAAAAGAUUCAAAAUUUUCAAGCUAGACCAGAUGAUAUUGUUAUUGCAACAUACCCCAAAGCGGGAACAACAUGGGUCUCCCACAUCCUUGAUCUGCUGUAUUUUGGUCAGACAUCCAUGCCAAUCUAUCAAAGAGUGCCUUUCUUGGAAAUCACCUUUCCGGCUAUGGAUGCAGGAACUGACCUGGCAGACAAUCUCACCACCACUCCACGACUCAUUAAAACUCAUCUUCCAGUCCAGUUUGUGCCAAAAUCCUUCUGGGAGCAAAACUGCAGAAUCGUCUAUGUGGCCCGCAAUGCCAAAGACAACGUGGUCUCUUAUUUUCAUUUUGAUCGCAUGAACAUGGUUCAACCAGAGCCUGGAGACUGGAGCAGCUUCCUCCACAGAUUCAUGCAGGGAAAGAUGGUGUUUGGACCCUGGUAUGACCAUGUGAAUGGCUGGUGGAAGAAGAAACAGAAUUAUUCAAAACUCCAUUACAUGUUCUAUGAGGACAUGAUUGAGGACACGGGACGGGAGAUAGACAAACUCUGCCGCUUUGUUGGUUUGUCUCCUUCGGUCGAGGAGAAGAAAAGAGUUAUGCAUCGAACACAGUUUGAUAAUAUGAAAAAGAAUGACAUGGUUAACUAUGCUACAUUACCGACAGUUAUGGAUUUCAAAAUUUCUCCUUUUAUGAGAAAAGGGAAAGUUGGCGACUGGAAGAACCAUUUCACUGUGGCCCAGAAUGAAGAGUUUGAUGAAGACUACAAGAAAAAGAUGAAGGACUCCACACUUCAGUUCCGCAAUGAAAUCUGAACAGGCUCUAUAUAAAGAGAGAUUCCUCCAAGACCGAUUUCUGUGUGAAGUGCCUGUGUCAACAGUGAUUUUUAAGGCUGUGAAGUGCACAUUAAGAAGCACAGUGCAAAUCAAACAACCAGUAACGCCUGAAGGUUAAUAUUUCUAUCAUAACAAGAGAAUGUAGAAUGUGAUGUAGAAUAACUAAUCAGUUGUUUAAUUAAGUAAACUAAUACUUAACAAAGAAGUGUUGGCUUGAGUUAGUAUCGUGUCAAUCAUAUCCAAGUUUUUCUUCGUCUUAUUCUUCACAAGAAUGAAAAGUUGUAGAGCAGCUGUAUGACUAUGGCAUUUACUUUUAUACUUUCAACUGAGCCCAAGAGAUCAAUGUGAUCAGUGAAAUUGAUCCAAAUGAUUUUAUUCAAAAGCAUACAUUAUAUUUUCAAUAAAACAAAAAUAAAAGCUUG